AUGUGUGUUUUAUGCGAAGACGGACCUGAAACAACGGAUCGUCUCUUCUGUUGCUAUUACGCGGCUGCUGUGUUGUGGAAUCGGGUCCGUCUCUGGUGCAAGAUAAGUCCCAUCUACGGUUUUUCGGUUAAAGACUUGCUGGAAAUUUACGAGUACGCAGGCUUGAAGAAGCACGAGGAAGAUAUCUUGGAAGGAGUAGAUCUAAAAAUAGAGAAUUGUCUUGGUCUAACUGGUGCUCUAUUCAAAUGCCGGUCAAUGAUCAUCGAUUUUAGCGAUUGUGAAAAGUGGCCAGGGAGGGUGUGCGAAGAUAGAAGACAUAAUCCAAAAAUGGAAGGAAAUAGUAAUCAAAGGGCUAUGGAAGGAGUAUCUUCGACCACGUCCGAUGAAAAUAAGAAUUAUGAAUCCGUAUCUAAUAACGAACAGGAAAUCAAUCUUGGUGGUUCUUCUUCGAGCUCACGACAAUAUAGUCGUCACACACCAAAGCAAAUUGAAGAACUAGAAAGAUUCUUUAAGAAGAACGCUCACCCUACCGAGAAAGAAAGGAUUGAGAUAGGAAGCAAACUCAACAUAAGUGAUAAACAAGUAGUUUUUUGGUUCCAAAAUAGAAGAACUCAGUUAAAGACUCAAAAUGAGCGCCAUGAGAAUACACUUCUGAAGAAAGAGAACAGGCAACUAAAGCUUGAGAAUUCGGCACUGAAAGAAGUCAUAAAGAACUCGCUUUGCAACAAAUGUGGUGCGCAAGCAACAAUAUUGGACGAAUCCAUUCACAAACAAAGAGUCGAGAAAGAAAACAUGUGGUUGAAAGAGGAGCUUAGCCGCAUGACUAGUCUCGUCAAUCAAAUGUGGGGUAGGCCAUUGUCAAACAAUGUGAUAAAUCCUAGUGACAUUAUAAACCCAAUUACGAAUCAAUCACAAAUGAGCUUCGACAUACCCAUUCAAAGGAAUGGAUAUCUUAUGCAGGCAUCAAGAGCUAUGGAAGAGCUCUUGAAGCUUGGGGUUGUUAACGUUCCAAUAUGGAAUAAGAACAAGGAAGAUGGAGGGGAAACCCUUAACUUUGUUGAAUAUCUAAGGGCUUUUCCUCCUUGCCUUGGCACAAAACCACUUGGAUUUGUAUCCGAGGCUACACGAUUUAGUAGCGUGGUACCGAUGACUUGUUCAACCAUUAUAGAAGUAUUACUUAAUGCGGAUCAAUGGAAAGAAGUGUUUAUGGGCAUGAUUGGUAGUUGUACUACAAUGGAAGUGAUUUCCAAUGGUACAGGAGGAUCAAGAAAUGGUGCUCUCCAACUUAUGAAAGCUGAAAUUCAACUCAUUUCGCCUUUAGUACCAGUUCGAGUCCUACAGUUUAUUAGAUUCGCAAAACAGCAAGUGCAGGGGCUAUGGAUUGUGGUUGAUUUGUCCUUCGAUUCUGGAAUGGAAGGACACAUGACAAGAAGGUGUCCUUCCGGUUGUAUCCUACUUGAUAUGCAACAUGGUUUGACAAUGGUUACUUGGAUUGAACAUACUGAAUAUGAUGAACAAUUGGUCUCCUGUCAAUAUCGUCAGUUAAUCAGCUCAGGUGUGGGCUUUGGUGCACAAAGAUGGAUUAAUGCACUAUUGAGGCAUUGUGAAAGCUUAAAUGCCAUCACAUCAACCACCCUCAACCACCACUUGUUUCCAGAUACAAAAAGAAGCUUAAAAGCUCUAGCACAACGCAUGACUAGUACCUUUUGUGGUGGGAUUUGUUUGACUGACGGUCAACAAUGGGAUUCGGUUGUGGAUCAUGCACCAGGAAUACCACGAAUCAUGGCACGCAAGUGCAUAACUGGUUCUGGUGAAUCAAUGGGAAUAGUCACUAGUGCAACCUAUUCGAUUUGGAUACCAACAAAUCACCAACACUUGUUUAAUAUGUUGCUAACAAAAGACAGGUGUAUAUGGGAUGUGAUAUGCCAUAGGAUUGCUGCUAGAAACAUGAUUCAUUUACCGUUGGGCCAAGAUGAAACAAGUCCUAACUGCAUCUCCAUUUUAAAUUCCAAUAUUGCGACACCAACAGAAGAUGAUCAGAUUAUGGUGUUGCAAGAGACAACGAGUGAUAUGACGGGAUCACUCUUGGUCUAUGCAACGGUGGAUAUCCCGACAGUAUCCGUGGUGAUGAACGGCGAUGACAUUUCUUCGGUGGCUCUCUUACCAUCAGGGUUUUAUAUUGUCCCAGGCCAUGGCAAAGGCAAUGGCAAUGCAGGUGGUGAACGUGGAUCAAUGGUGACUGUGGGGUUCCAACUAUUACACCCAGAUAUAGCUACCUCAAACCUGAUCACAAUGGAAACCAUUAGCAUGAUAAAUGAUCUAGUGAGACGAACAGUUCAAGGAGUCAAAGAAAUUGUUCGAUCGAAUCAAUAA